AUGGUGCCCCGGUGCGGAACACACGCCCACGCCCGCGGGCAGAGCCCAGGGACCUCCGCCGCCACCCAUGCCUGUACCCUCCUGUUGUUGUUGGUUCUACGCGCUGGUUGCUUGGGCUCAGGGCAAGCCCUUGGGACCCUGUCCACAGCCGACCCCGGGGUCCCCUGCGCUAGCGAAGCCACCUGUCCUUCAGACCCGCCUCGCCUUUCCCAAGAGGACAUGACCACCGUCCAGACACAAUCACCUGUUUCUGAACCCGACUUUUACCAUACCUGCGGCUUCUCCCACGAGCAAGACCCCACCCUCAGGGACCCAGAGGCUAUGGCUCGGCGGUGGCCAUGGAUGGUCAGUGUGCGGGCCAAUGGCACACAUGUGUGUGCAGGCACCCUCAUUGCCUCCCGGUGGGUGCUGACUGUGGCCCACUGCCUGAUCCAGCAUGACGUUUUGUAUUCAGUGAGGAUAGGGAGUCCGUGGAUUGAUCAGGUGACACAGACUACUUCUGACGUCCCAGUGCUCCAGGUUAUUGUGAACAGCAAGUACCGGGCCCAGCGGUACUGGUCCUGGAUUGGCCGGGCCAACAACAUUGGCCUCCUCAAGCUUAAGCAGGUGCUCCAAUACAGCAAGUAUAUCUGGCCCAUAUGCCUGCCUGGCUUGGACUUUGUGCUGCAGGAGCAUGCCCUCUGCACUGUGACGGGCUGGGGACUUCCCAAGGUUGAUGGCAUAUGGCCCCAGUUCCGGACCAUUCAGGAGAAGGAAGUCACCAUCCUGAACAAUAAGGAGUGUGAUGACUUCUACCACAGGUUCUCAAAAAUUCCUUCCAUGAUUCAUGUCAUCAAUUCCCAGAUGAUUUGUGCACAGGAUGUCAACAGGGAACAGUUCUGCUAUGAGAUGUCUGGUGAGCCUUUGGUCUGCUCUAUGGAGGGCACGUGGUACCUAGUGGGAGUGGUGAGCUGGGGUGCAGGCUGCCGGGAGAGCAAGGCCCCACCUAUCUACCUGCACAUCCCCUCCUACCAACAGUGGAUCUGGGAACUGCUCAAUGGGCAGCCCCUGGCCAUGAUGGCCCCCUCCAGGGCCCUGCUCAUAGCACUUCCACUCCCGCUUAGCCUCCUUGCUGCUCUCUGACACUCU